GCGUCGGGCGCUGCUGCUGCUGCUGCUGCGCGCGGGUCGCCUUCGGUGCCGGCGGCAGCCCGGAAGCAGGCGAGAGGGGCGGCCAGGACCCUGGCCCAACAUGGCUGAAGUCAGCAUCGACCAGUCUAAGCUGCCGGGAGUCAAGGAAGUGUGUCGAGAUUUUGCUGUCCUAGAGGACCACACCCUGGCCCACAGCCUGCAGGAACAAGAGAUUGAGCAUCAUUUGGCAUCAAAUGUUCAGCGGAACCGUUUGGUCCAACACGAUCUCCAGGUGGCAAAGCAGCUCCAAGAGGAAGACCUGAAAGCUCAGGCUCAGCUUCAGAAGCGCUACAAGGACCUUGAACAGCAAGACUGUGAAAUUGCUCAGGAAAUCCAGGAAAAGCUGGCUAUUGAGGCAGAGAGACGACGCAUUCAGGAGAAGAAGGAUGAGGACAUAGCUCGCAUUUUGCAAGAAAAGGAGUUACAGGAAGAGAAAAAGCGAAAGAAACACUUUCCAGAUUCCUCUAGAGCCAAUGCUUAUGGAGAGAGUUGCUAUUAUGAAGAUGGAGACCAGCCACGGUCAAGGAGGGCAAGGGAUUUGGGUUCUGGAUUCUCAAGGUCUUAUAAACUCCAAAGUGAUGAAAAGACUGUGACGCAGAGAAAGGAGAAACCCAAACAUCCACUGGAGAACUUGGAAGAACUGGAAGAGCAUCGCUCAUCAGAAAAAUCUCUCUCUGCUAGCUUGGGCAAAGUGAGAGAUAAUCCCCAAAUUAGCACUGAGCUGCGUGGAAGGAAACAGUCUGGUCAUAAGAGGCUCCGGAGACCUCCUCUUCCUAAGAUCAGUGGUGAGGUGUGUCUGAGUACGGAAUUUGAUGACUGGGAGGCUAACAGUAGCCAUCAAACUCAGAAUUGGGAAAAACAGUUCAGACACCAAGAACGACUUUCACCCAAGGCUUCUCAGAAAGCAGGGAUUCACUGCAAGGAAACUGUAUAUGGGAGGGAGCAUGGGCAAGGUGAGCGCAGAGAAAGGAAACACAGACCCAGGACUCCUCCCUUCUCAGAGAGUGAGGAGCCGCUCCAACUCCAUGACACAGGAAUAAAGCCAAGAGCGAUGAAAGAAGCUGUCUCAACUCCAUCACGUGUGUCCCACAGGGAUCAAGAAUGGUAUGAUGCUGAAAUUGCCAGAAAAUUGCAAGAAGAAGAAAUUUUGGCUACACAGGUGGAUGUAAGAGCAGCUCAAGUAGCCCAGGAUGAGGAAAUUGCGAGACUUCUAAUGGCUGAAGAAAAGAAAGCUUACAAGAAAGCCAAGGAGCGAGAGAAAUCAUCAUUGGACAAAAGAAAGCAUGACCAUGAUUGGAAGCCCAAAACAUCUAAAUUAGCACAUUCAAAGUCAAAAGAGAGUGAGGAAACUCACCGUUCUAAGAAUGACAGGCCAGCACGGCCGCCACCACCUACCAUGACAGAUGCCGAGGAUUUGGAUUACACUCUUACAAAUCAGCAUAAUUCCACACGUCAUUUCCCAAAAUCAGAGUCCUCUUAUAAAGGUUUCCAUUAUAAGCAGUAAAAACCUAGGAAUCUGCCUUGAAAACGGACUCUCUGUAGCAAAUGUUACUGGAUGAUACAGAAGGCAUUCCACACUUAUUUUUUCUUGCUAUGUUUGUAUUCUUGGGAUUUAUCUUCAAGUGUUUUUCUGACCAUAAAUAAUUUUAAUUCAUUUAAAAUGUUUUGGUUAUUCCUGAUCACUUGGGCAGUACAAGAAAAUCUGGCUUCUGAAUAUUGACCACCUCUAUGCUGCAUAUGCUUCCUGGGAUAUAGUAUGUAAGAGACCUAUGAAAUGCCAUUUUUGUUAGGUAUGGCAUAUUAGUAGCUAGGAACUAGGCUUUAUUUAGCAAUUAGAAUUUCAUGAAGAUAAUGAUCAAGGUAAAACAAUGUUUGGACACAAUGCAGAAUAAAAGAAUAUAAGUAAUAACUUUUUUGGUCCAUUAGUGUAUGAUAUAUUGAAAGACAGGGCCCUUUUGCUUUUUGUAGUCUUUAGGAAAGAAAAAAAAAAAUCACAAUCAUUCUCUAACACUUUCUUUGCUUUUGCUUCUUCAAUAGCAAGGCUUUCUGAAGCCACUGGGGCAUCGCCCAUUUGUUAGUAUUUAUUGGCAAAAAUUUAAUUCUGUGGUAUUUAAACUCAGGUCUGUGCAAAGUCAACUAAAAAUGAAAAACUUUCUAUUCCUUUUUUACAUUUACUUAUAGUCAAGGCGAAUGGAAUUGGGAAGAUAUUUACAUAAGUGAUGAUACAGUCAUUCUCUCUGGUCAUAGAUUGAAGUUUUCCUCUUGCUUAAAACAUAGCAGUAUUUAUUCGCAACCUCUCAAAAAUAUUUAGUCUAUUUGUCAAUAAUUAGAUCCAUUCAACGUGAAGUUGAUAAAGUGGUUCUUUAUCCCACUAUUUGGUUCUACACUUUCAUUAAUGAUACAUGGUCAUUGGAUCCUUUAUACAAGAACUUUAAACGACUCUUCAAGAAAUCUAGAGUCUUUGUGGAGUUUCUAACCAUAUGGAAAUGCUUAUUUUCUUGUACUAGUUAACACAAAAAGCAAUCAUGCUAUAUAAAAAAAUAAUAUCCCUGCA